AUGACUAGAGCCAUCAAUAAGCUUGCCAAAAUAAACUGUAUUUUCCCUUCAAAGUGUAAGCAUUACAUUCACUGGUAUCAGAAGAAAGAUGGUGAACCUUUCAAGAGAGUCCAAUAUGUAGACAUUGAUGUCCCUCAAAGGCACGAGGUAACUGAUUUUGAGGCCCUGCAUUUUGAUAAGAUGGGAAAUCAGUUAGUUUUGUUGAUCCCUACUUUAAAGAAGGAGCAUUCAGCAACUUAUUAUUGUUCCUGCUGGGUAUCAGGCAGCACAAAAAUCUUUGGCUCAGGAACAAAACUUUAUGUAACAGACAUUGGCAAGGACAAGGUGAAAAAACCUCAAGUGUCAGGUUAUCCAGUGUCCAGACCACAAGCAAAUGGAAAGCAUGUUCUCCUAUGCCAUGCACGUGGCAUGUUCCCCGACCUGGUGCGAUUCACAUGGCAAGCAGAGGAUCAGAGUGGAAGAAAAGUUGAGCUGACAGAUGAUGAGCAGCUGGAGCAGAGAGACAAAGAUCAGGAAGUCCAAAUAACCAGCAUGCUCAUUGUAGACCAGCAGAAAGCCAUGAACAAUAACUAUACCUGUUCUGUUCAACACGACAGCAGCUUUGAUAACCAGAAUAUUAUCAUUCCAAGAGUCCCUACAGUUAAAGACAACAUGAAGACAAAACCCUGUCAAAUGCCAAAAGAAGAGGAGCAGGAAAGUGAGAAGUCCAUGAUGUUUGGUGUGUUUGAGCUCAGACGCAACCUGCAUCUGUUCAGUAUGACAUAUGUGACACUGCUCGUGAAAAAUGUGCUAUAUUUCUGCAUUGUCUCUGUCUUACUGUGCAGACGAAAUGCAGAGAUUCAGUAUGACAAAUUGUUUUUAGAAGUAUUAGAUGUAGUCUGCAUCACAGUGGGAUACUACUACUACGACGACAACUACUACUACUAUGGCGACUACAAAGUAUUUGGAUCUGGAACUCAGCUUAUCGUCACUGAUACAGACUCUGGGAAGGACCAGGUCAAAAAACCUCAAGUGUCAGUGUAUCCAGUGUCCAGGCCACAAGCAAAUGGAAAGCGUGUUCUGCUGUGCCAGGCGAGAGGCAUGUUCCCAGAACUGGUGCGAUUCACAUGGCAAGCAGUGGAUUGGUGGGGAAGAAAAGUUGAGCUGAAAGAUGAUGAGCAGCUGGAGCAGAGAGACAAAGAUCGGGAAGUCCAAAUAACCAGCAUGCUCAUUGUAGAUCGGCACAAAGCCAUGAAAAAUUACUUCACCUGUUCUGUUCAACAUGACAGCAGAUUUAAUGACCAGAUUAUCACCAUUCCAAGAGUUUUUGGGCUCCCCCACAACCUGUACCUGUUCAGUGUGUCGUAUGUGAUACUGCUGCUGAAAAAUGUGCUGUACUUCUGUGUUGUCUCCAUUUUACUGUGCAAGAGGAACCGAAUAAACAAAGAGAUCUCUAGGAGCAAAGCUCACUGAUGAUCCAAAAGUCAAACACACCAAGAGAUUCCUUUCUUUUUUUCUCUCUCUUAAUUGUCUUACAAGUAGAAUUUGCUAUAGUACUUACAUUAUUAUUACUUGCACUAUUAAUAUUUUUCUCUUAUUCUAUUUUUUUAAAAAGGAGUACUUGAAACCUGAAUAAUUAUAAUGUGUCAUUCAAAUAGAAAUCUGUGUAUCUAUAUACAGUUACGUUUACCACUUGAACAAUGUUUUACAUUAUCAGUAAUUGUUUUUGUGAUAUUGAUACCGAAAUAAAUGCCACUUUCAGAUUAGCUCAAGAUAAAGUCCAUCAAAAAAUAAAUAAAUAAAAGAAUAUAGAGUCACAGUUCAUUCAGACCCAUUCUGUGUCUCU